AUGGCGGGUAAAAGCACUGAACUCUUAGAGUCAGAUGCUUCUCAUCAGAAGAAUCCCGAGAGCCCUGUCGCCAAGAGCGACGUCGACUCCAAGAAAGUGAUGACUCCUGUGGCUCGUCCUGUUGGUCUUGAAGAGGUCGCAACCCCCCACACAACCGCAGUCCUUCUUGAAGAAGAGAAGAUUUGGCGGCGCCCUUCCCCCAUUCCGUCUUUCAGUAGCAGCUCCCCCGGCUCCAAGGAUUUUUGGGGUAUCGUGAACGUGAUCUUGGUUGCGACAGUUGCCUCGAUCGUGUUUCUCAUUGCAGCAUUUGUCUUCUUUGCCAACAUCGCUCCGCCUUUGUUCGAGCUUACCACUCUGGGCAAGAAGACUUCUAGCGAUGGAGUCGCGGUCCACGAGGCUGCUGCGCCAGGCACACAUAGUCUGUGGAAGCCACAUAGACGGCCAGUCAGGCGGUUCACCAGUGCUUCUGAAGCGACCCUCUCGUGUCUCGUGGAGAUCACCUCCGCGCUAGUUGAGUUUACCCAAGACAUUGCAGGUCUUUUGAUGCUUGGCCGCCUCAACUGCCAAUUAGAGGAAUACGAGUCAUCGGGGGUCAUUUGGUCAUGUAGGGACUCUGAUUCUCGAUUAUCUGCGACUUGCGUGUCUGCCGUUGGAGACGAAUGGCGCAAGUUGUGA